GAUCUAUUUCAAAUAUUUGCGAGUAUUUUUUUUUUACCUUUUUCCGUUAAAGGAAAAAAAAGGGAGCUUGGAUAGAGCCAAAUUUCCGUUAAUAGCCAAAUUUUCUCCUUGGAUAGAGCAAAGUGGCGCGGUUGAGGAUGAGGAACACCGUAGGUACCGACAUGGACCGUUGGCGUCUGAGCUCAGGCGUUUCGUCCUUUUUCUCGACUUCCAAGUUCUACUGUCCGGCCAAAUUUGCUCGAACAACCCACUUUGGUCCAAUUCGAGCUUCCUCCACCACCAACGGUUCAAGUGAAGGUGUUAUUUACAAAUCUUUAUCAUGUCGAAGGAGAGCUUUACUGUCUAUGAUUACCUUGUCUCUUGUGCCGUGUGAUAGAGUUAACAGUAGCUUUGCUGCCAUUGCUGCUGAUGAGGGUUUUCGCUUAAGGGAAGAGAUCAGGAAGGUAUUAUCCAGGGGCAAGGCUGCUGGUGUACUUCGCCUUGUAUUCCACGAUGCAGGAACUUUUGAUAUUGAUGAGAAAAUUGGGGGUAUGAAUGGCUCUAUUCUUUUUGAACUAGACAGACCCGAAAACAAAGGCCUUAAGAAAUCUCUAAAGAUUCUGGAGAAAGCGAAAAGUCAAAUAGAUCUUGUGCAAUCAGUCUCAUGGGCUGAUAUACUAGCUGUAGCUGGAGCUGAAGCUAUUUCAUUAUGUGGUGGACCGAGCAUCCCCAUUCAGUUGGGAAGAGUGGAUUCACUGGUGGCGGAUCCCGAAGGCAAACUUCCAGAAGAAUCACUAGAUGCCACUAGUUUGAAGCAAUGUUUUGAAAGAAAAGGCUUCUCAACUCAGGAACUUGUUGUCUUGUCUGGCGCGCAUACUCUGGGAAGUAAAGGGUUUGGGAAUCCAACUAUCUUUGAUAAUGCAUACUUCAAGAUACUCAUGGAGAAGCCAUGGUUGGCCGCAGCCAGCAUGACUAGUAUGGUUGGACUUCCAUCUGAUAGGGCACUUGUUGAAGAUGAUGAAUGUAUCGGAUGGAUAUCAAAGUACGCUGAGGACCAGAGUUUAUUUUUUGAAGAUUUCAAGAAUGCCUAUACCAAACUUGUUGACACUGGUGCAACUUGGAAGAAAUCGUUGUAGUCCUUAAAAUUAAUCAGCAAUAACUUGUCAUAGCUGAUAACUUGUUUUUGGUAUAUCCAAGAUUCGAUGACUCAGCAACAAAUGCAGUCAAAAUGUUAAUUUUUUGGUUA